CACCUUAUUCCUACUUUUCUCUCAUCAGCUAAUCAAGAAGAUCAAACCCACUGAACAAUAAUUUAAAAAAAAUCCAAAUUUGCAGUGAAGGUCUUCCAAGGAAAGCCGCCAUCUUUGAUCUCAUUCCCUCUCUCUCACUCACUUUUCUAUCACAUCCCUUCCUUUGAGCACACACUUCUGCUGCCCUUUUUAUCCUGUUUAUUUAUUCUUAAUGAGUCUACCACAUUGUUCUUCACAGCUCUGGGCUGAUAUAUAGUUUGGGUUUUCUCUCCAGCCUUGUCUUUGACUUGGGGUGCUUUGUUUCCAUGAAUACAAAGUGCUAAGGAAGGAAUUACUGGGCGAUGCUCUUUAGGAAACCCCCCUCCGUUGUUGCUUCCUUCGAUUUUGUUGCAGAGGUUCUCUCUAUGAGCUCAGCAUUUGUCGUGGAAGCUGUCAUGAACGAAUGGGUGUUGGCAAUUCUGCUCUGUUGUUGGGUACUCUGCCCCUCUGCACUCGCAGUGGAGGGCAUCCAUGGGGAUGGUAAAGUGAGGGGAGUCAACUUGGGAGGGUGGCUAGUUGUGGAGGGUUGGAUUAAGCCUUCUCUUUUCGAUAACAUCCCCAAUGGAGAUAUGCUGGACGGGACCCAGGUUCAGUUUAAGUCAUCCACUUUGCAAAAGUAUGUUUGUGCUGAAAAUGGUGGCGGCAUGGCCGUUACAGUCAGCAGGGAUGCUGCAUCUUCAUGGGAAACCUUCACGUUAUGGAGAGUCUCAGAAUCGGAAUUCCAAUUCCGCUCCUCGCUCGGCCAAUUCUUAACGUGUGAUGGUGGUGAAGGGUGUGUUGUUGCUGCCACGGCCCAAUCUCCAUCAACAAGUGAAACAUUUUUCAUUGAAAGAAACAACAGUAGAGUACAUGUUAAACUUGCCAAUGGUGUUUAUCUGCAGGCUACUAAGGAAAAUCAGCUCACGGCGGACUUUCCUGGGCAACCAGAAUGGGAUGACAAUGCUGCUACAUUUUUAAUGACAAUUGCAGCCAACAAUUUGCAUGGAGAUUACCAGCUCGCAAAUGGAUAUGGUCAUAGCAAAGCAAAGGAGGUUCUGCAGGAACAUCGGAACACUUUUAUCACAAUAGAAGAUUUCAACUUUCUAUAUAGGCAAGGGAUAAAUACUGUGAGGAUUCCUGUUGGCUGGUGGAUUGCUUUUGAUCCUAACCCUCCAGCCCCAUUCAUCGGGGGCAGUUUAGAAGCUCUUGACAAUGCAUUCUCCUGGGCAGUAGACUAUGACAUAAAGUGCAUAAUUGACCUGCAUGCAGCACCGGGAUCACAAAAUGGUAUGGAACACAGUGCUAGUAGGGAUGGGUGGACUGGGUGGUCCAAUUCUUCGGAUUACAUCUCGAAGACACUGAAUGUAAUAGAUUUCCUAGCCAAAAGAUAUGGAAGACAUCCUGCGCUGCUUGGGAUCGAGCUACUGAAUGAGCCAUCAGCUGCUACGGUUCCAUUGGACACCCUCGUGUCAUACUACAAGAAGGGAUAUGACAUUGUACGGAAGUACACCUCGAGUGCGUAUGUGAUCCUAUGCCAGAGGAUCGGGAAUGCAGACCCUUUGGAACUGUACCAGGCGAACAUGUGGUCCCAUAAUGUGGUGGUGGACCUGCAUUACUACAAUCUCUUCGACACGUUCUUCGCCAACUUGAGCAGCGUGGAUAACAUUGAGUUCAUAUACAAAAGCAGGGAGCCGCAGUUGCGGGCCCUCAACAGCGCAAACGGCCCCCUUGUAUUCAUUGGGGAGUGGGUGAAUGAGUGGAACGUGAAAAGUGGGUCGCAGGCAGAGUACCUAAACUUUGGAAAGGCCCAGUUGGAAGUCUACGACGUGGCGUCGUUCGGGUGGGCUUAUUGGACUCUCAAGAAUGACAUGAAGCACUGGGACUUUGAGUGGAACAUCAAGAACAAUUAUCUCCCAUUUGGUGAGUUCUGAUGUCCACAAUCUGAUAAAAAACCUGAAAGUUUUGCCGUUUAUAUCGGUAAAAUAGCAUUGGCAGCUUGGGCCGCAUCAACAUGAAGUAACAAACUUAUCUAGAAAACAGGUCAUAACAUUCAAUUCCACCCUAUAUAUGUCCAUCAAGAUUCUAUCUUCUGUUUAUGUUCAUGAACCAUGCAGGAAACUCGGCCAAUAUAGAAAGGGCCCAACGGUUGAUUUUGCUUGGACUUGUUGCAUGCUUCUCUCUUCUCGAACAUCUAUUAUGAGAAUAAACCUCGGAUUGUGCCA